AUCGGCGUACUGCCACUAGUUCCUGACUUCCAGAGACUCAUCAUGUCUGAGGCUGCUCCUGCUGCCCCCGCUGCCGCGCCCCCUGCGGAGAAGGCGCCUGCCAAAAAGAAGGCCGCCAAGAAGCCCGCCGGGGUGCGCCGUAAGGCGUCCGGACCCCCGGUGUCCGAGCUCAUCACCAAGGCUGUGGCCGCCUCCAAGGAGCGCAGCGGCGUGUCCCUGGCUGCGCUCAAGAAGGCGCUGGCGGCCGCGGGGUACGAUGUGGAGAAGAACAACAGCCGCAUCAAGCUCGGCCUGAAGAGCCUGGUGAGCAAGGGCAUCCUGGUGCAAACCAAGGGCACCGGUGCCUCCGGCUCCUUCAAACUCAACAAGAAGGCGGCUUCUGGCGAGGCCAAACCCCAGGCUAAGAAGGCAGGCGCGGCCAAGGCGAAGAAGCCCGCGGGAGCAGCCAAGAAGCCUAAGAAGGCGACUGGUGCUGCCACACCCAAAAAGGCGGCCAAGAAGACCCCGAAGAAGGCGAAGAAGCCCGCGGCGGCGGCUGUGACCAAGAAAGUGGCCAAGAGCCCAAAGAAGGCGAAGGUCACCAAGCCCAAGAAGGUCAAGAGCGCGUCUAAAGCCGUAAAGCCAAAGGCUGCCAAGCCCAAGGUUGCCAAGGCCAAGAAGGUUGCAGCCAAGAAAAAGUAGGCUGCCUCCCCUAACAAUCCAAAAGGCUCUUUUCAGAGCCACCA